AUGGCCCUUCUCUUUUUCAAGAAGAAGCUGUUUCCAUCUCAGGAAUCAAACCUAUCGAGCAAGCCUCUUCUAGCUCGCAUCGACGACGACGAUACUAUCCGCGGCGACUUGGAACCCGACCUUGAGUCCCAGACCGGUCAAUCCUACAAUACCUUCAGACGCUGCAACAGCAAUGACGGAUCGACGGUCGGAAGCAUCAGUAGCGGCAACAGCACACGAGCACGCAUCAACCCGCGGAUCAUCUCAGAUGCCAUUCUCGGGUUAUCAGAUGGAUUGACAGUCCCCUUUGCCCUGAGCGCGGGUCUCUCCGCUCUAGGAAACACCAAGGUGGUCGUGCUGGGUGGGUUGGCUGAAUUGGCAGCCGGUGCCAUCUCCAUGGGUCUGGGUGGAUACGUCGGAGCAAAGAGUGAAGCUGAAUCAUACGAAGCCACAGUCCGUGAAACACAAGCAUUGAUAGACAGCGACUCGCAAGAAACACAAGAUAUGGUGCGUGAGACAUUCGCGCCUUAUGGACUCUCCAGCACCGCCAUCGAGGAUAUUACCCGCGACCUGCACGCCUCGCAUGAGCGAUUGUUGGAGUUCCUGUUGACCUUCCAUCACCGCGAGUCUGCGCCCGACUGUAACCAGGCUUGGAUCUCAGCUGUGACACUUGCCAUGGGUUACUUCGUCGGUGGCUUCAUCCCGCUCAUUCCCUACUUCUUUGUAUCUCAGGUCAUCACCGCCCUGUACUGGAGUAUCGGCGUGAUGGGAGUCACCUUGUUCGCAUUUGGUUAUAUUAAAACCUGCAUUGUGCGUGGGUGGCAUGGUCGGGAUAACAUCACUGCCGGUAUAUGGGGUGGUGUACAAAUGUGCUUCGUGGGAGGUAUUGCUGCCGGUGCUGCGAUUGGCCUCGUCCACCUGAUUGACACCGGCGGUGCCAAGUAG